AGUCGGUCAUUCAAGGUAGUAAGUUCAAAGAUAGCCUCAGGUGCACACACACACAUACACACACCUGCCAGGCCUCCGAGUCGGUGCCUCACAGAUAGUCGCAUGUUCGUCCACCUGUCGGGUGUAAACAAAGUAGUCCGUGGUGCAGUGUGAUCGUCACAUGUUUUUCCCGGUUUUCGCUUGUUUCGGGAUGGGUGAUGGUGCUGUGCUGGGAUUAAGGGACACGGAUUAGGGACACUGGGACCAAACCGCAAUGAAGAACGGCCGUUGAGAACCUCCGUGAAAAACGUUCGAAAUGGCACCGCAUUCUCGCAGUUUGUGGUUGGUGCUGGUGCUCAGGGCCGGGCUGGCCAGCGCUCAGGAGGCCGCCUGUUACGGAUCUGGAUCCAUCGCGCUCUCGGUCAUCCUGUCCGUCGUCUUCACGGCCGUUCUGUUGGCGGCGCUGCUCUACCUCUGGGGGAAGUACCGGAAACGGAAGGAGCUCAUCCUCGAAACCGACCCCGAGAAAGGCAAAGGCGGCGAAUACGCAUUCGACAAUCCAGCGUUCAAAGAUCCUGGACUAACUCCGAUCGGGAAAUUGGAGAAGGAAAAGGUCGACGCGAACAAGACGAAAUGGACGCAGUGGCCGCCCCUGACGGCCCUCACCACCAAGUCCGAGAAAAAGAAGACUUUGGAUGACAGUGCCAUUGAUGGAAAUUUGGUGAAAGUGGUGGCGUUACGCAGCCAUGAUUUCACCGGUCUGGGGUUCAACAUUUGUGGCAACAUGAAAGAAGGGAUUUACAUCAAGGAUGUCCUGCACCGAGGGCCUGCCUCCGAGUCAGGCAAACUCAAUCCCGGUGAUAGAAUCAACAGUGUCACCAUUAGUUUCGAACACAUGGUAUACGAAGAUGCUUUAACAAUUUUAAGUUAUGCUAGUCCCUAUGAAGUCAUAAUCGAAGCACGAGGCGGGAAAAUGUUCCAAACAAGUGGGCAAGGGGCCCAACCAAGUCACCCCGUGUACAGGAGCUCCUCUUGUACGGAACUCUUCCAAGUUAACUCCGCCAAACGUAAAUUAUUUGGCACCGAAGAACACUCCGGUUCCCUCAGUUCGAACUACUCAAGUCUCCAGAAAUCUAGAAGUAACAUGACGACCCUUGAACGCAAGGAAUCCGAAUCUCCCCGAAACCGCCCCAAGAAAAACCCCCCGAAGACACAAAUGUCCCCCGAACAGUUAAAAACGCAGCUUGAGCAAAGAAUAAUGUCAGACCACCAACACAACUUGAAAAACAAAGUCGAGCCAAAAGUUGAAAUGGAGGUCCAAAAAACCGAGAACAAGUUGCAAAAAUUCGGCAUUAGGGUCCUCCCGCCUGAGAAGAGCCCCAAAUCGGCCGAGCUGUCCCAAAACGAGAACAACCUCAACUUGGAGAAACUCCCCAUCGGACUUGACGAAGUCGACGAUAAGAAACCACAAGUCAAAAAGCGGGAACGCAAACUAACCCCCGAAAUUUUCGAUCGGGACCAUGUGUACAACAGUUCCGGGAUCAAACGGGACGCCAACGGAAUCCCCCAGGAGAUCCCCAACUACAUGAUGAACGCGGCCGUUGCCGCCCGCAGUAACCGCAAAAGCUCGGUCAAAGACGAGGAGGACAAAACCCCCAAGAAAACCAAAGGCAAGGCGCCGUCACCUCCCGAAUCCAAAAACCUGGAUGAGAUACAACCAGUUGACGAUUUCGAGGAAAUUGCUCCCAAGCCCACCCAAGACGACUUAGUUGAGGAGAUUGAGGUCGAGCUGAGGAACAAAACAAUGAAAGACUACAACUCGGACUCGGACCUUGAAACCGACAAUCACUCCUCUGUCAACACCAUCGAGCUGAAUUCGAGCGACAUCACCAUCCACCACGCCGAAGACACCGAAGACCGCCAAAACCGCAGGACUGCAAGCACCGGCGACUUGACCAAGAUCCAGCGCACGCGGAAAUCCAGCACUGGCACCCUGGAGCGCGCCCAGAGCCUGGACAUCACCGACACCAGCAUACCAACCCUGACCAAGAAGCGCAAAGGGAGGAUCGAGGACGACUUGAUGGCUUCCGAGGAGGAUAUUUUCGGAAAAGUGGUGAUGAGUAAAGAACCCCGCCUGUCGCUGAUGCUCGACGGCUUGAACACGUUCCAGCGAAACCGCCUGAAGAAGUCAACCGAGUGGGGGAACCUCGAGGACGCCAUCCUCAAGCUGAACCAAGAGGACGAAAGCGACCCGAAGACCGACCUGGACCUCAGCGGCAAGACCGAGGAAAUCGACGCUGUCGUGAACAAAAUCAACGAAAUCAAGCGCGAGUCCCUGGAGGUGCAGCCGCCCAUCAAGGAGGAGACCCCGCCGCCGAAGCCCGAGAAGAAGGUCAAGAACCAGAUCUGGCCGUUCGAGACCAAGUCGAACGGAAGUGCCAUAGUGGAGGAUAACCCGCGGCUUGCCUCCGUGGAGAAGCGGCAGCGGAAGCCCCCGAUUUUGGACCCAGUGAAGCCGGCGGUUCCCGAAAAGAAGGACCACCUCCUGGCGAAAAAAAUCCCCAGUGUACCUGAACCGGAGGAGGAAGUGGUCAAGUUGAACGCGAUUGACUUGACAAGGAAUUUUAUCUUCACGGAGAGGAUCGCCUGCAGUCAGGACGACGACGAUACGAACGUCUCCGACGAUAUUAAGGUCUCCAGGCACUCCUUGGGGAGCCUGGAGCGGGCAAAGUCCGACGACGCCAAGAUAAACGUUAGCAAUGUCACUGUUAAUAAUCUCCGACCGCAAAGCGAGGAGAAUCUGCACAGUUUGGAAAUUGACACGACUGAGCCCGAGUUGUACACCACGGCGCUUGAUAGUACGGUUAAACCGGAGCCCGAAACGCCCAAAGUCACGAUAAGUACCCCCGACAUCAUCAAAAAUGUCACAAUCGCCGAAGCGAUAAAUAAGUUAAACAACGAUGUGAUGGUUCAGGGACCGUCGUCACUGACUUUGGAGAUUUCGAACGAUGCGGAAAUCAAGGACAAUCGAUUUAUGGUCGAUGUUAAACCGGAUCGAGUGAAGAAGGAAGAUUCGGGAAGCGAGACGAAGAGUUUUGAGGACGAUAGUAGCAAAAGUAACUCGUCCCUGACUUACAUCACCGAGAUCCAGGUCUUGACUCCUAACAACUCGACCAGUACCAACAUUUCUGAGAUCGAAAUCAUCCCCAAUGUUAACAGCAAUAGCAAUGGCAAAACCCUGGACCUGGAGCACGAAUUCGAGGACUACGUCCGCAACUUCGAAUCCAACGUGAAAACCUUCGAGUCCAACAUCCAAAAGUUUGAAAACCACCUGGACUCGACCCCGAAACCCGACUUGAAGAGCAUCAUAAUAACGGAAAACGACGCCGAAAAGGAACUCCACAAAAUCCAAGAAAUCGCAGAGGAGCAACUGAAGAAACUCCCCGAAAUGCGCUUCACAACAUCCAGCUACGAGCCAUCGAAACUCCCGGAGAAGCGCCAGUCGCAGAUCGAGCUCCUGCGUUCAAACUUCGAGAAAAGCCCGCCCAAGUCCAAGCCAGACACGCCCAAGUCGCGCAUUCCCAUCGCGACCACGGCCAAAACUCCGCCCACCUCGCCGGAAAGGCGCGAUUCGCGCAAUCUGGACAUGGAAAACGACAAGGACAUCCUCGAGUUGAUGUCGUCGACGGUCCACUCCACCCCCAAGAUAAAACCGCCCAAAAACGUCACAGUCACUUCGAUUCGGAGCAAUUCGAAGAUUCCGUCCGGACUGCCCGUUUUGGGCGGGAGGCCGGCGGUGCCGCCCCGUAGGCAGGAGGAAGACCACGUGGUGCAGGUCUCGACCAAUGGCGGAGUGGAGAGUAGUUUUAAGCAGUGGGUGUUUAAUCCCACCGAUGCCGUGACGAAUAUCGUCGUGGCUGAGAGUAAACAGCAGAAGUGAUGAUACGUGCAAUGGAAGAGGCGGCUCAAUUUAGUGUAGUGGAAUUAUUUAUAUAAAAACGUAGUUGUAUAUAUUUGUAAAAGUAAUGUUUAUGUAUGUGCUAUUAUUUUAAGCUGAUGAUUUUGUUGGUUUAUUUUGUAAUUUUAAUCGAGGGUGACUAUACAUUAAUAACAAAAAGUACAUGUUUUUCUAACCAGAGAUAGAUAUAUCCAAUAAAUGAAAUUAAACCCAAAA